GGGAUUUUAAAGAAAUGUUCAAGUCCGUCCAUCCACUUAAAAUGACUUGGAAGCAGACAGCCUUAAACAGCUCCAGUAAAUCCAAGCCAGGAGCUGAGCAGAAAAGAGCUGAUGGGACCAACAUUCAAUAGCUGCUGACAUUGCACCAAGACUCAUAAACUACUAUUACAACUUCUACUUCUGCAGUAGUGGUACUGUGUCACUAGUUCCCUGUCAGGUUCGAUGGUAAGGACCCCAGAGCUAAUUCGCUGAAUAUUAGGGUGAAAACCACACAGCAUGUCGUGGCUAUUCUCUACAGUGAUGGCCCUACAGCUUGCUGCAGAAGCAGCAGAUGAAGCAGGUGCUGAGAACCCCACAGAUAUGGAGGCAGGGGUGGAGCCCCAGCCAUCGUGCCCAGCCGGGUGGCAUCAGAACGGGCAUCGAUGCUUCUCCUUCUACCCCGUCUGGGCCACCUGGGUCUCAGCUGAGUCCUACUGCUCCCAGCGUGGAGGGAACCUGGCAUCAGUUCACAGUCCAGAUCAACAGGUGUUCAUCCAGGACCUCGUCAGGAAACACACAGACCAACCCGUCUGGAUUGGAGGCUAUAACGUGGCUCAGGAGGGGGUGUGGCUCUGGAGUGAUGGUUCAGCAUUUGAGGAUUUCCCCAGGGAGGAGGAGCCCCGUUACUCUGGACACAAGAACUGUAUGGAACUACACACUGGAGGUGGGCGGGGCUGGAAUGACGCGUCUUGUGAAAAGCUGAGAUUCUAUGUGUGUUCGAUGAAGACUAGAUCUGAUGUAAGGGCACAGUCCAGUCAGAAGAGAAAACCCCAGAUUGAGUUGGCUGCAGGUUUGAGUGUGUAUGACCUCCUCUGGGAAAGCGGUGAGAGAGUAGCACAGGAGACCCUCUACUCUGCCUUCCUCAGGGGAAUGUAUUCCAGACGUCUGCCUCCGAAGAGCUACAUUGAUUUCUGCCACCAGGAGGCGCUAUAUCUGACCAGAGUCAUUUCCAUGCUGGAGAUGGUUAGAUCUGUGUGUGUGUGUGUGAGCCAGGAUCUGAUCAGAACAAUGCAGGGCCCGGAAGACAUCAAGCUGUUUCUUCAGGGAACACAUCAGCUCUACCAAGAUUCCCUAAAGGAGUACCAGAACCAAGUUCCACAGCGCCUGAACCUGUCCUCCAUCCAGACCUCUCCAGCCAUUCGUCAGUACCUGCAAAGUUUCCAUGAUGUGGUGAAUGAGGAGCCAAUCUACUGGGUGGUUUCUCUGCUGCCUAGAGCGAUGCUCAGACCAUACCUGGCAAAGCACCUCCCCCUGGGGGAGCAGACCAGACCAGGCUCCAGCCCCUGCCUCCUCCCCUGGCUAAGCCUCUUCCCGUGCCCCUGCUACCAGUUGCCCACUAAGUGGAAUGGAGAGGAUCACGCGGACCAGCAGAUAGGCAAGAUGCAGACAUAUAAGUCUCUUGUGGAGAAGUACCAGGCUGUGAUUGACAUCUACAAGGCUGUCAACAUCUUCAGAGUCAACAUGAUCAAUGAGAAGACGCUCUUCACCUCCAGCUGGUUUCCCACUGGUGACGAGGAAGCAGUAGAAGACCAAAACAGCCUUUUGCUGUCUGUAGAAUCUGGUCCGGACUUAACAGUAAGACUGUAGCAGAGCUGCUGUGGAAUGCAGGGAGCUGUUGAUGUGUGUAUUUUGUGUGUAGUUUUGUUUUACCGUUAAGAUUAGGACCUGAAGUCCUCUGCCCCCAUCAGGAACUUAUGUUGGUCCCAUGAUGACAAAGUUCUCUUUCAACUUAGGGGUUUAAGUUUAAGUCAAACUUUAUGUUAGAAUUUGUUUUCUGUUUAGGUGUGGGAAUUAUAGGUAGGUUUGGCAACAAAGUUUGACUAAUUUUAGGCAUAAGUAUAAGAUUAAUGUGGGAAUGAUAAUCAGACAUCCUUGCUUAAUAAGAAUACUUUAUGAACGAAACAUAUGUGGAAUUUACAGCCAUGUAUUCUCUGAAAUCCAGUUUGGAUAAUGCAAUUAUGUGGAAAAAUUGUAAAAAAAAAAAUCCUAAUACUGAAUAAAGAUCUCUAGGCAUAGCCUAUUUAAUGAA